AUUUGAGGAUAGCUAAGUCAUUUUUAAAGAGUACAAGGGGUUAAAAUUAGACAAUUAAAGAGUACGAGGGGGUAAAGUGAUACAAAUUGAGGUAAACGGGACUCAACUAUUAUAUCAAAUAGUAUGAUGAGUAAAGUGACAAUCAGUUAGAGUAUAGGGGGUAAAUUGUAAAAGAAAUAAAAACUUCUCAUCCCCAAAACGACGUCGAAUUAUUGUCGGACAGAGAAACACGACGACGGUGUGAGUCUCGUUUGUGUUUUCCCCGACAUAACGUAAUUUGUUCAUGUAAUUCUCGUUUCUAGGGUUUCAUUUGUUGUCGUAGAUGAUAUGUAAUUACUGUUUUUUUUUUCUUCUUCCAGCUGAAGUAAAAAUUGAAAUUUGAUGGCGGACCCGUCAUCGUCGGGUCGGAGCUCCACAACCAUAACGGAUCUUGACAUGGACACCCUGACUCGCUGCGCGAGUUACCUCAGCAUCCAGGACAUCUCGAAUAUGGCCGUGUCGUGUAAAAUCCUCAACAGAGUUGCAUACUCUGAUUCUGUAUGGCAAUCAUUUUUCAGGCAGGAAUGGCAGAAUGUUGCACCACUGUGGCCAAAUGGCUCUAAUCAAUCAUCCAGUAUGAGAGAAGCGUAUCUGUUUAGGCAUACUGCUUUACGCCAGUUUAAAUACGUCGAUCCUCUAUUCCGUCACAUACCUACAGUUGGAAAACGACCGCAUCAGAUAUUGUUCGACAAAAACACCAUUUUAUUCUCGCAGGGUCAGUCGAUUCGGUCCUUGCACAUUGAUGAUCUCAUUGAUGGAAACAUCUCAGUUGCAAAUCGUGGUAACCAUAAGGCUAGAGUUACUUGUAUGAGAUUGUUUUCACUCAAUGACACGUAUCUUUAUCAAAGUGACUCCGGAAGAGACGAUAACAUUUUGGUAACAUCAAGUAGUGACCAUUUUAUUCGAUUGUGGUCGAAGGGAGGGAGCCGAUGCUUCAAAGGUCAUAAUGCCCCAGUUUUGACCCUCUCAGAUAAACUACUAGGUGAUGAUACUGGAAAGUGUUUUGCUAGUGGAGGUGAAGAUGGUACUGUUCGACUUUGGUCGAUAAACUGUACUGGAAAACGAGGGCAGCAGGCAUUGAAGGCCACACUCUACGGUCAUGAAAAUGUUGUUUCGCUGAUGUCAGUUGCUGGGCACAAAACAUCUCUUCUGGUGAGCAUCUCAAACAAUGGCAAGGUUAGGAUUUGGGACACCACAACAGCAUCUUCUUGUAUUCGUUCGUCGUGUUGUGUGGGAAUGACAUCUGUACCUAUCGCACCCGUGGGAAUGAAAUGCCACGAAUCUCUGCUCUAUGUUGCUGCUGGCACAUCUGUCACAGCAAUCGAUUUAAGGACAAUGAAUAGGGCCUUCACAAUAGUCCAGAAAUCGAAAAUACAUUCAUUCGAAUUCUUGCCCUCUAAAUACUCACUUUGCACCGGUGGAACUGACAGUGCUUUACUGUGGGAUAUGAGGAGAGUUUCGGACACGCUUAAAGUAGAACCGAAGGCUGAAUUGGAAGGGCAUGUUGGGCAUGUAAAGCUUUUACACAUGGAUGCUCACAAGGUGGUUACGGGUGGGCCCGACGACCUGUUUGUUAAUGUUUGGGAAUCCGAUAGCGGUGCACAGACGAAUUCGUUAAUCUGUUCUGCUCCAGACAUGGGAGGAUGCUCUGCAAUGGCUGUUGACGGGUGUCGUAUUGUUACUGCGGGCGACGAUGACCGUGUAAAUGCUGUUCUACGCUUUCGGGAUUUUAAGACAGCUACUUGCCAUGUUUCGUCACUCGUGUCUGAACAGAGUUCUGCAGUUUCGAAAUUCUGGGGCUCGGCUUCCGGUUCAGAUAGUUCUUCAGAAGAAUCAGAUUUCCAAAUUUAAUUUACACUUGUUUGGUUUUUUUGACAGACAGUUCUAUAACUUGUAUUACAUUCGGCACACUAUUUUUGCAAAUUGGGAUCUUUAUAAUGUGAAAAGUUUUAUUGAAUUUAAUAUAAGUAUUUUAUUUAG